GAUACAAUUCUCAGUAUUCGCGCCACUUCAACGUUGGAGUGCACGGAGGUGACUCCCGACUGGCCCGUCGAGGCCACCAUCUACGGCUAUGCACCCAAUCUCCCAGCAACAAUAAUUUUCUGUACACUUUUCGCAAUCUGCUGCAUCGUCCAACUUGCCCAGACAAUAAAAUGGCGCAUGUGGUCCUAUGGGAUUGCGGUCCUCCUCGGAGCACCAUCGGAAGUUAUCGGCUAUAUCGGCCGCAUUCUCCUCCACAACAACCCAUAUUCAGACGCCGGAUUUGAGGCACAAAUCUGCACCCUAACCAUCGCACCCGCAUUCUGGUCAGCAGCGAUCUAUCUAACACUGAAGCAUGAAGUCAAUGUCCUCGGAAUCGAAUAUCCCUACAUCUUCGUGACCUGUGACUUGAUUUCUUUAUCCUUGCAAGGAGCUCCAGGAGGCCUCACUGCUUCGGCUACAACACCCGAUGGUGCUGCGACUGGCAGUAAUGUCAUGUUAGCUGGUAUUGUUUGGCAGGUGAUUACGCUGACAGUAUUCGGAGGGAUGUCAAUUCAUUUCUUCCUUCGAAUUAAGAGUACGCCGAAGUAUCAACUGUCUGUUCGGGCUCAGAAGGUCUGGGAGAGUCGGAAGUUUUGGGUCUUCCGCGGUAGUAAUGCUGUUUCGUUCAUCACGACCUAUGCUCGUUGUGUCUAUCGGUAA